AAAAAUACUCGGGGACACUAAAAAAAAAAAAAAAAAUGGGUGAUGUAGUCAUUUUGAAAAGCGCACAUAAAAAAAAAAAAAACGCGACCCUAGUUGAUUUUUUUUUCCUUUCUCUUCUUCUCUUUUUUUCUUUCUUUUUCCUUCAAAAAGUUCUUUUUUUUUCUCUCUCUAUUAUAUAUAUAUAAUCAUCAUGGGUAUUCUCGAUAUUGUUCCUGCUGGUGUCAUUGUUGGUGACGAUCUUCGUAAACUCUUUGAAUACGCUCGUGAACAUAAGUUUGCUAUUCCUGCCAUUAACUGUACUUCUACUAGCACCAUCAAUGCUGCUCUUGAAGCUGCUCGUGAUAUCAAAUCUCCUAUCAUCAUUCAAUUCUCCAAUGGUGGUGCCGCUUAUAUUGCCGGUAAGGGUUUGAGUAACAAGAAUCAAGAAGCCUCUGUUAUCGGUGCCGUUGCUGGUGCUCAAUAUGUCCGUGCUGUCGCUAAGGCUUACGGUAUUCCUGUUGUUCUUCACUCUGAUCACUGUGCCAAGAAGCUUCUCCCUUGGUUCGAUGGUAUGCUUGCUGCUGAUGAAGAAUACUUCAAGGCCAAUGGUGUUCCUUUGUUCUCCUCUCACAUGUUGGAUCUUUCUGAAGAAAGUAAGGAAGAAAACAUUGAAAUCUGUCUCAAGUACCUCAAGCGUAUGGCACCUAUGGGAUGUUUGUUGGAAAUGGAAAUUGGUAUCACUGGUGGUGAAGAAGAUGGUGUUAACAACGAAGAUGUUGACAAUGCUGCUCUUUACACUCAACCUGAAGAUAUCUGGGAUAUCUAUCAAGCUUUCUCCAAGGUCACUGAUCUUUUCUCCAUUGCUGCUGCCUUUGGUAAUGUCCAUGGUGUUUAUAAACCUGGUAACGUUCACCUUCAUCCUGAAUUGUUGGAAAAACAUCAAGCUUACGUUGCCAAGCAACUUGGUGGUGAACAAACCAAGCCUGUGUACUUUGUCUUCCAUGGUGGUUCUGGUUCUACUGAACAAGAAAUUGCUACCGCUGUUAGCAAUGGUGUUGUCAAGAUGAACGUUGAUACUGAUACUCAAUGGGCUUAUUGGGUUGGUUUGAAGAACUACUAUGAAGAAAAGAAGGAUUACCUCCAAGCUCAAGUUGGUAACCCUGAUGGUGCUGAUAAACCCAACAAGAAGUACUAUGAUCCUCGUGUGUUUAUUCGGGAAGCUGAAAAGACUAUGAUCAAGCGUGUCCAACAAGCUUGCAAGGAUUUGGGAAAUGUUGACGUUUUGUAAAUAGAUAAUUAUAGUUUUUAGUCGUUCUCUUUUUUUUUUUAGUUUUAGUUUUUUCUUAGUCAUUAGUAGUUACUAUUUAUGAAAUAAAAAUAUCCAAAUGAAUCAUC